GACGUUCUUGUCUUGCAGUCGGCAUGCUGAGUGUAGCUGCGUUUAAGGCAUUUGGGAUAUGGAAGUUGGUGUUUGCCAUCUCACUGUUAGUUUUGUGUUUGAUUCAUCUCUUGCUCAGCCAAGUCCCUGGUCCCUCUGUGCUCACGGGACACCUGCGUGCGCUCUCUCUGUUCUUUCAUGAUGCCCUAGGGAAUUAGUGUGCUUCUUCAGGUGGUAACAUCCAAUGUAAAUGGAUUUUUGUGCCACGUCCCAGACGGUUCCUGGGCCGUCGACGGCGUUCGUGCUGCUGACCACCCCGCUGUUUGCAGUACCGUUGGAGUGCAUUGUGAUUGCACUUGGCGCUUAGCUGGAAGACUCGGAUGCUUCCUUGUGCUGGAAUGCACGUGACGUAAAGCGUGCUGUGGUUUCUGAGAGGAGCAUGGUUCCUGGCGUUAGCACGCACGGCGUUCUGCAGCCAUCGACCGGAGAUUGCUCGUAACUCCACGUGGACACCCUGAGCUCCUUGCAGUCACUCCCAGUCCCCCCCGCACCCCGGUCGCUGGCACCGACGGAUCUCCUUUCUGUCUGUGGAUAUGCCCGACCCAAUGUCUCGUCUCAGUGGACUUGUGGUACGCGGCCCCUUUCACCGAGGUUCUGUUGUCAGCGCCCGUCAGUCCUUUCUGUAGCUGAUCAUAAGCCGCCCGUGGAUCCGGUCAUCGUCUAUCUGUUGGUAGACAGUUAGGUGGUUUCCACGUUGGGCUGUUGUGAGAAGAGCUGCUGUGAGCAUGUACACACUUUUGUUUGAACGCUGGUUUUCGGUUCCUUGGAGUGGAGUUGCUGGGCCGGACUUGCCGGACCGUGGGGCUGUGCCCUUUGCCAUGCCCACCAGCGGUGUUAGUGUUCUGGUUUCUCUGCAUCCUCACCAAAGCUUAUUGUUUUCUGUUAGUAUUCACUGUGGCCAUCCUCAUGAGUGUGACAUGGGUGCUCAUUGUGCCUCUGUUUUUGGAGGAACUUUUCAUUAUUGUGUGCAGAAAACUCAACGGUGCACCUCCAUUGCAGCUUCUUGGCCAGCUCCGUAGCCUUGGCCUUCCUCUCAGGAAUGGGUAGCACAGAGCGGACCCGAUACAUUGCCUUACUAGUGACGAAACGUAGAGCUCCUCCUAUCUGUCGUUGUAGUUGGGCCCAGUGGCUUCCACCAGCUUAGUAGGAGCAUCUUUGUCUCCCAAGUUCACCUGCUGAGGGUGAUGGUGGUGCAGGUCAUCUUUGAAACAGGCGCCCUAACCUGCCUUGAUGAGUGGUAGGGGAGCUCCUGACAACACAGGACAACCAGCUCUGUGGGACCCAUGUCCUGAGCCCUCUUCCCCUUGACCCAGGUGCUGACAGUGUUGACCCCCACUCCGGGGAUGGGCCGUCUCCUGGCGGGGACAUCCCCUUUACCUGAGGUUGCUUUUCAGCCCAGGCCAGUGGCCUCCGCUGCUUCUCUUGCUUAGUCUCUGGUCCGUGCUGGCGGGCAGCUCCCGUGGCUGAGUAGCUGUUUGCUGGUCCAGGGCCUAGGGAAGCUGGCUAAUGGCAGGGGCCACUGUCAGCCACUGCAGCUGGACACAUGGGACCAUUAGGUGGGGUCCCCUUUGGGCCAGCUGCCUGUUGAGUGCCAAAGUCCUUGGACUUCUCUCCUCCUGCUGCCUUGUGCCGGCAGGGGCCGCCUUCUUCCCCUUGGCCUCUUUUCCUUUUGGUGUCUGGGGCUGGAGGAGCGCUCAACCGUGAUUUUGUGUGUAGUUCCCUGAUGAUUAAUGAGUGAGCAUCUUCUCACGCAUCUGUUGGCCAUUUGUGUUUCGUGGAGAAACCUGCAGUUUUUUGCUCAUUUAUCUUGAUGGUUUCUCCCGGGUGUUGACCUGUGAGAUUCUUCCUGUGUUCUGGGUACUAGGCCCGUAUUAGGUAGAGGAUCUGCAGGUUUUUCCCGCAUUCUACAGCUUAUCUUUUUUACUUUCUUGAUAGCGUCCUUUGACACACAAAAGUUUUUAAUUUUGAUGAGGUCCGAUUUAUCUGUUUUUUUCUUCGGUUACUUGUGGCUUUUGGUGUCAGAAUAUUUAAGAGCCCCUCACUAAAUCCACAGCCAUGAAGCUUUCUCCUAUGUUUUACAGUUUUGCUUCCCAAAUUGAGGUCUUUGACCUGUGUCAGGUUAGUGUGGUGUGAGGUGAGGGUCUGCGUUCGCUCUUUCACACGUGGGACACCCUUGAUCCAGAGCCACUUGUGGGAGUCUGUGCCUUCUGUACCGGCCGACCUUGGCGUUCUCUGAUUCAGAGGUCGGUAACGCUGGCUGUCUUAGUUUGUUCCUGACCUCUGCUCUGUCCCCUGGUCUGUGUGUCUUUAGGCUGGUCCCACCCUGUUUUGCCGUGUCUGCUGCACUUCACACUGAGACACAUUAAAGUCCAUACGUGGGACAGCGUUGUGAGUGCUUGUUUUCGAGCAGCCCCCUCACCGAGGCUGGGGGUGCCUCCGCCCUGCGCUUCUAGGAGAUGGUAGUUGUGCAUCACUGUGUGACAGCCCGGGUCUGAGGCUCACUGUUGCGUUCCUCAGCUGGCGAUGCUUGCAGAGAGCACCCCGGGGGGCUCAAAGACUCAGUGCUCGGUGGAUGUCAGGCAGAGGUGGGGGGGGCAGCUGCCGUCGGGGCGGUGUCCGUUUCCUUUUUUUUUUUUAGAUUUAUUUAUUUUAUUUGGAAGUCAGUGUUAUAGAGAGGUAGAGGCAGAGGCAGACAGAGACAGAGAAUCUUCCAUCUGCUGGCUCACUCCCAAAAUGGCUGCAACAGCCAGGCUGGGCCAGGCUGAAGCCAGGAGCCAGGAGAUUCAUCUGGGUCUUCCACAUGGAUGCAGGGGUCCAAGCAUUUGGGCCGUCUUUCCCUGCUUUCCCAGGCACAUUAGCAGGGAGCAUUGGGAGUGGAGCAGUCGGGACUCGAACCGGUGCCCAUGUGGGGUACCGACAUUGCCGGCAGCGAUUUUACCUCCUGCACCGCAGCGCCAGCCCCAGAGAAGUCCUCAGUUUUAAGGAGGCUGUGCUUCAGCCAUACUUGAGAAGACAACGCAUGAUGUGUGCAGACCCUUACUGCCUUUUCCGCUGUGUACAUGACGGCGGUGGGGGAGCCGUGGAGAGCAGGAGGUGACGGGAACUCCGGGCUGCAGUGGGUCCAGUUCGCAGGGACUCCUGGUUCGCUGCCGGGGCAGGAUCGGCAUACUCUCUGUGAAGGGCCUGGUGGUAUUGUGGGUCAUACAGUCUGUGCUGUAAGUGCCCAAUCUGCUGUUGCAGUCUGAGUGCCCACAGGCAAGCCAAGGAGCCUGGCCGUGUUUCAGUGACAGCCGGUUGACAAACAGGGCUGGGCCCUCGUCCCCCAGCCUGGCAGGAAGGACAGGCCUGGAAAAGAAAGCUGUGUGUGGGACUUUGAGGCGGCUGUACCGAUGUCAACCAGGAAGUGUGGUCAGCUCAGUGAAGAGGGAGGGCCUGCCGGCGUGCUGAGAAGUCUCUAGGUGCUGCACCCCAGGCCGCCCCCCAGGCUAGCUGAUCGCUGGCUGGUUCCCGACAGCAGAGGCCAGUGUGGCUGCAGAACUCUGUGUUGAGCUUUUGUGUGCAGCAGCCGUUCAGACGCCUGGCCUCUCGGUGAAGGCAGGAGAUUGGUCUGUGGGUACCAUCAGCAGGGCGUGUGUUCUUGUCUGGGUGUGUUUUGUUCUGGGUGACCGCUCCUGCACCUCUACCCGUUCUCGGGUAUUUGUGCUGUUCUACUUGCAGCCUGCUGUCAGCAGUGCUGCUGUGAGUUCUGAACUUGCCUGUUUGGUGCCUUGAUGUGCACGUUGUUCUGGGCGGUACCAGGAGUGGAGCUGCUAGGCUCGAGGGUGCGGGUCUGUUCAGCUCUGCUGGGCGCUGCCAGACCGGUUUCCAGAGUGGGGUCACAGCCAUUGCACGCCAGCGGAGUGGUCACUUCCGGCAGUGCCACACCCUCAGCAGGACUCCAGCCAUCCUGAUGGGCAUGCGCCCUACUGGUUAAAGAGCAUUUAGCAGGAUCGUUUCUUCCGUGCUGUAGAACUCCGGUCUCCACCACGCCCACGCCUGUUUGACCUCAUGUGGCAUGGAGAACACCACCGCUUCAGGACACAAUUGUCAUUGAACCGCCUCUCUCAUCUGACACACGGGGCGCUGCGGCGUGGCUCCCGACUGAGUGUGUUCAUACACGGCCCUAGGCGUACACGACGUUAAAGUCCAUGCCCGUCGCCGUCUGGACAUUGGGUGCCCUCAGCUGAGGGAGCUUCCGCUUCUGAGCUGAAAACGAGCCCUGGGGCCACCGCCGGCACCUGGCUUCCCUGGGCCGAGUCCCCUGGAGUUCAGCUUGACUUCUUCCCUGAGCUUCUUCUGAAUGGGCAGUGCGUGAUCGCGGCUCAUGAUUCAGUUAGUACGCUAAUUAUACGAGUCCCUUCAUAGCGCCUGCCGUCCAGAUGGAUGGAGUUUUAACAUUGAAUGCAGAGAACACUAAUUAUGACGAGCCAGUCCCAAACUUCCACAAGUGUGAGAUCUGUCUGCUGUCUUUCCCCAAAGAGUCCCAGUUCCAGCGCCACAUGAGGGGUCACGAGCGAAAUGACAAGCCACAUCGCUGUGACCAGUGUCCCCAAACAUUCAAUGUUGAAUUCAACCUGACACUGCACAAAUGCACCCACAAUGGGGAGGACCCCGCCUGCCCCGUCUGUAACAAGAAGUUCUCCAGAGUGGCUAGUCUCAAGGCGCACAUUAUGCUGCACGAGAAGGAAGAGAACCUCAUGUGUUCCGAGUGUGGGGACGAGUUCACUCUGCAGAGCCAGCUGGCCAUACACAUGGAGGAGCACCGGCAGGAGCUGGCCGGGACCCGGGUGCACACUUGCAAGGCCUGCAAGAAGGAGUUUGGAACCUCGUCAGAGCUCAAGGAGCACAUGAAGACUCACUACAAGAUUAGGGUGUCAAGCACGAGAUCCUAUAAUCGCAACAUCGACAGAAGUGGAUUCACAUACUCGUGUCCACACUGUGGGAAGACGUUCCAGAAGCCAAGUCAGCUAACCCGGCACAUCAGGAUCCACACAGGUGAACGGCCAUUUAAAUGUAGUGAAUGUGGAAAAGCUUUUAACCAGAAGGGGGCGCUGCAGACCCACAUGAUCAAGCACACAGGUGAAAAGCCCCACGCCUGCGCCUUCUGUCCGGCUGCGUUUUCUCAGAAAGGGAACCUGCAGUCGCACGUGCAGCGAGUUCACUCGGAGGUCAAGAACGGGCCCACCUACAACUGUACAGAGUGCAGCUGUGUGUUCAAGAGCCUGGGCAGCCUAAACACCCACAUGAGCAAGAUGCACAUGGGCGGGCCGCAGAGCACCGCGCGCCCCGCAGAGACUGCCCACGUCCUAACGGCCACACUCUUCCAGACUAUACCACUGCAGCCGGCGGAGGCCCAGGUUGUGUCCACGGCGACUCAGCAGAACUCCCAGGCGGUGACCGACGUCAUCCAGCAGCUUCUGGAGCUCUCAGAGCCGGGGCCUGUGGAGUCCAACCAGUCCCCGCAGCCAGGGCAGCAACUAAGUAUCACCGUGGGCCUCAACCAGGACAUCCUCCAGCAAGCCUUAGAAAACAGUGGGCUGUCUUCAAUUCCAGUUGCAGCACAUCCCAGCGACGCCAGCCACGCCAAGGCCUCAGCCACACAGACUCAGAGCCCAGAUGUUUCCAACGUGUCCACCGAGCCAACAGACCCCCCAGAUGCAGAGCAAGAGAAAGAACAGGAAAGCCCAGAGAAGCUGGAUAAAAAAGAAAAAAAAAUUAUGAAGAAGAAAUCACCAUUUUUACCCGGCUCCAUCCGAGAGGAGAACGGGGUGCGGUGGCACGUGUGUCCCUACUGCACCAAGGAGUUCCGGAAGCCCAGUGACCUGGUGCGCCACAUCCGCAUCCACACGCACGAGAAGCCCUUCAAGUGCCCGCAGUGCUUCCGGGCCUUCGCGGUGAAGAGCACGCUGACGGCGCACAUCAAGACGCACACGGGCAUCAAGGCCUUCAAGUGCCAGCACUGCAUGAAGAGCUUCUCCACCUCGGGCAGCCUCAAGGUGCACAUCCGCCUGCACACAGGAGUGAGACCUUUCGCUUGUCCCCACUGUGACAAAAAGUUCCGAACCUCAGGCCACAGGAAGACCCACAUUGCCUCCCACUUCAAACACACGGAGCUGAGGAAGAUGAGGCACCAGCGCAAGCCUGCGAAGGCCCGUGUUGGCAGAACGAACAUGCCUGUCCCCGAUAUUCCUUUGCAGGAGCCCAUUCUCAUAACCGACUUGGGUCUUAUCCAGCCCAUCCCAAGAAACCAGUUUUUCCAGAAUUAUUUUAAUAACAACUUUGUCAACGAAGCAGAUAGGCCGUACAAAUGUUUCUACUGUCAUCGUGCGUAUAAAAAAUCUUGCCACCUGAAGCAGCACAUCAGGUCACACACAGGUGAAAAGCCCUUUAAGUGUUCUCAGUGUGGAAGAGGCUUCGUGUCUGCAGGCGUGCUCAAGGCACACGUACGCACGCACACGGGGCUCAAGUCGUUCCAGUGUCUGAUCUGUAAUGGGGCUUUCACCACUGGGGGCAGCUUACGGCGGCACAUGGGCACCCACAACGACCUCCGGCCCUACAUGUGUCCCUACUGCCAGAAAACGUUCAAGACCUCACUCAAUUGCAAAAAGCACAUGAAAACCCAUAGGUACGAGCUCGCCCAGCAGCUGCAGCAGCACCAGCAGGCCGCCUCCCUCGACGACAGCACCGUGGACCAGCAGAGCAUGCGCGUGUCCGCCCCCCUGCAGGUGCAGCUCGAGAGCGCCGAGCUGCAGCAGACGGCCGAGGCGGUUGCUGCAGACCCUGAAACCAUGCUGGACCUGGGGCCACAGCACGUCGUGGCUGCAGAGGACACGGCACUGGGUCAGCCGCUGACCGAUCAGCCUUUGGACGCAGACGAAGAUGGGUUUGCGGCCCCCCAGGACCCUCUCCGAGGGCACAUGGACCAGUUUGAGGAGCAGACCCCGCCUGCGCAGUCCUUCGAGCCAGCAGGGCUGUCACAAGGUUUCACAGUGGCAGAUACGUACAGUCAGCAGCCUCAGUUCCCAGCCGUCCAGCAGCUGCAGGACUCCAGUACGCUGGAGUCUCAAGCCCUGUCCACAAGCUUCCAUCAGCAGAACGUACUGCAGGUCCCUGGUGCCGAGGCGGUCAGCGUGACAACACGCUUGAUUCCGGAGUCUCCCCAGGAGCAGCUGGACCUGCGGACGCAGCGGCCCGCGUUUCUGGAGGAUGGCGAGGAUCAGAGCCGGCGCUCAUACAGGUGUGACUACUGCAACAAGGGCUUCAAGAAGUCCAGCCACUUGAAGCAGCACGUGAGGUCACACACGGGGGAGAAGCCCUACAAGUGCAAGCUCUGUGGGCGUGGCUUCGUCUCCUCCGGAGUCCUCAAGUCGCACGAGAAGACACACACAGGGGUCAAGGCGUUCAGCUGUAGUCUCUGCAACACCUCGUUCACCACCAACGGCAGCCUCACGCGGCACAUGGCGACACACAUGAGCAUGAAGGCCUACAAGUGUCCCUUCUGCGAGGAGGGCUUCCGGACCACCGUCCACUGCAAGAAGCACAUGAAGAGGCAUCAGGCAGUGGCCCCGGCGGCGCCCACAGCGGGGGAGGUGGAAGCAGGAGACAUGGGGAUGGAGGAGGAAGACAGUUCCGACAGAACCGUGCCCAGAAAGUCUCGCCCUGAGGUCAUCACGUUCACCGAGGAGGAGACGGCGCAGCUGGCCAGGAUCCGGCCCCAGGAAAGCGCCACUGUGUCUGAGAAGGUGCUGGUGCAGUCGGCCGCCGAGAAGGACCGCAUCAGUGAGAUGAAAGACGAGCAGGCGGAGCUGGAGGCCGAGCCCAAGCACGCCAACUGCUGCACCUACUGCCCCAAGAGCUUUAAGAAGCCCAGCGACCUGGUGAGGCAUGUUCGAAUCCACACGGGAGAAAAGCCAUAUAAGUGUGAUGAGUGUGGGAAGAGCUUUACCGUCAAAUCCACCCUUGAUUGCCACGUGAAGACACACACAGGUCAGAAGCUCUUCAGCUGUCACGUGUGCAGCAACGCGUUCUCCACGAAGGGGAGUCUGAAAGUGCACAUGCGCCUGCACACGGGAGCCAAGCCCUUCAAGUGCCCGCACUGUGAGCUGCGCUUCCGCACGUCCGGCCGGAGGAAGACACACAUGCAGUUCCACUACAAGCCCGACCCCAAGAAGGCCCGGAAGCCGGCGGCUCCAGGCUCCUCGGAGGGCCUGCAGCCCGUCAGCCUGCUCAGCGCCGCCUCCUCCGACCCCAGCGUGUUUAUCAUGAACAACUCUGUCCUCACCGGGCAGCUCGAGCAGAGUCUGCUUCAGCCGGGGCUGGUGGGCCAGGCUGUUCUCCCCGCCUCCGUGUCAGCUGGAGGUGAUUUGACCGUGUCUUUGACAGAUGGGAGCUUGGCCGCCCUGGAAGGCAUCCAGCUGCAGUUGGCUGCUAACUUGGUUGGACCAAACGUUCAGAUUUCUGGGAUCGAUGCUGCCAGCAUUAAUAACAUCACACUGCAGAUCGAUCCAAGUAUUCUGCAGCAGACGCUCCAGCAGGGCAGCGUGCUCACUCAGCAGCUCACGGGGGAGCCUGGCGUGGCCCCACACAACAGCUCUGUCCAGACAGGGGACAGCACUGUGCCCGCCAGCGUUGUCAUCCAGCCCAUCUCAGGCCUGUCCCUGCAGCCCACGGUGACGUCCGCCAACCUGACCCUCGGCACGCUGUCUGAGCACGACUCUGUGCUGGCCACCAGCAGCAGUGGAACUCAAGACCUCACUCAGGCGAUGGCUUCCCAAGGUCUGGUGUCCACCUCCACUGGUCCGCACGAGAUCACCCUGACCAUUAACAACUCGAGUUUGAGCCAGGUCCUGGCGCAGGCUGCUGGGCCCACCACCACGUCCUCCUCGGGGUCUCCACAGGAAAUCACGCUGACGAUCUCUGAGCUGAAUCCUGCGAGCGGGAGCCUGCCUUCGUCAACACCCAUGUCCCCGUCAGCCAUUUCGACUCAGAACCUGGUCAUGUCUUCGUCAGGCGUUGGGGGAGACGCCAGCGUGACGCUGACCUUGGCGGACACUCAGGGCAUGCUGUCGGGAGGCCUGGACACCGUGACACUCAACAUCACCUCUCAGGGCCAGCAGUUCCCAGCGUUGCUCACGGACCCCUCCCUGGCCAGCCAAGGAGGCGCGGGCUCCCCACAGGUCAUCCUAGUGAGCCACACCCCGCAGUCGGCAGCUGCCCCCUGUGAAGAAGUGGCCUACCAGGUGACGGAUGUCUCAGCCACCCUGGCCCAGGGCACCCAGCCCGAGAAGGAGGGCCGGGCGCGCCAGUGCCUGGAGUGUGACCGCGCCUUCUCGUCGGCCGCCGUGCUCAUGCACCACAGCAGGGAGGUGCACGGCCAGGAGCGCAUCCACGGCUGCCUCGUCUGCAGGAAGGCCUUCAAGCGUGCCACGCACCUCAAGGAACACAUGCAGACGCACCAAGCGGGCCCUUCCCUAAGCUCCCAGAAGCCAAGAGUGUUUAAAUGCGACACCUGUGAAAAGGCGUUUGCCAAGCCCAGCCAGCUGGAGCGGCACAGUCGCAUCCACACAGGGGAGCGGCCCUUCCACUGCACGCUGUGCGAGAAAGCCUUCAACCAGAAGAGCGCGCUGCAGGUGCACAUGAAGAAGCACACGGGGGAGCGGCCCUACCGCUGCGCCCACUGCGCCAUGGGCUUCACGCAGAAGAGCAACAUGAAGCUGCAUGUGAAGCGGGCGCACAGCUGCACUGGAACCUUGCCGGAGGCCACUGGGCACCCGGAGCAGGACGGGGAGGAGCUGAGGACCCUGCACUUGGAGGAGGUGGUGCAGGAGGCGGCGGGCGAGUGGCAGGCGCUCACCAACGUGUUCUGAAGCCGGCCGGAGGACACGGCCCGGGCCACGGGCCAGGACGGCGCACCGGGAUUUCUGUUUCAGGGCUUCAAGUGUUGGAAACACUACACAAUCGGUUUUUAGCUCUGAAAUUCCCUAAGAAUCAUUGUCUUUCAGAGACUGACAGGAGGGAAGCUGGGAAAGAUGUAGACGUGGCGUUGCCCGUUGUCUACAGAUCACUGAACUCAGGUACUGCGAGAGGCAGGUGCAUCUUCCACACCUCGGCCGGUGCAUCGGUACGGCAGAAGCUGCCGGUCUUCUGUCACUUAGUGUGAUUUCGUCGUAUUAGCAGAGACAGAGUCAACAUGGAGAAGCGUGCCAGAUGUCCGCCAUGCUUCCUGUUAGGCGAGGCGUAGCUUAGAGCAGGAAAGUGUCCCACCGCACAGGGAAGUUUUUGCCACUUUUUUGUCUGUGCAUUUGGAAAAUUAGAAGAAAUCGACUCUUUGUAGUCUGCCAUAAGUUAAUGCAACCAGUACCUUGAGAGCUGGCUGGCCCAGCGCUCUCCUACGCGGACCUCGGGUCCUGCAGAGCAAUGCAGUGUGGGGCGGCAGCAGGGAGGCCAGAGGAGCUGGCCCAGGGCCGGUGCCAUGGCCACUGCAGGAGCGUUUGCUCAGGUGCGCUGGGCGAGGACCGCGCCCGCACAAGCCAUCCCUGCAGCCGGGGUGCGCAGGCCGUGUGCCGGGAACGGGCAGCGCUGCCCCGUGGUCUCCACGCCGCGACCUUCUCUUUCAGCCUGAGGAGCGUGUGUUUUAUUUCAGGGAAUUCUCAGUAUCAUCAACGGUGCCACAGCAAACACGUCCCAGACGGAAUCCCACCCACGCGGGGGCCGCGCGCGCAUCGUCCGCGCGGCAUUCCAAAGCUGGGAAGGCCCCUGGCUCCACGUUGGUGUCCUGUGCUGUGUACAGACAGCCGCGGGCAGGCGGCAGGCGGCAGGCGGGCUCUGCGGCGGGGCUGUCUGCUCUGUGAAUAGCGCCCGGGGCUCCGCGCCCCACCAGCACUUCAGAUCAGUAUUGUGUCAUUUCUCCCGCAGAGGGGUCUCUUUUCCAUUGUAAUAUAAAGCUGGGUUUUAUUUUAUUUUCCUGAAAAAUAAUUGCCUUUAUUUUCUCUCGUUGCCUCCUUGGUUCCAGAAGAGAGUAGUUUUAUUAUAAAUAUCGUAUGGACUUUGUGCAGUGAGAGAGGGGCUCGUUGCCGGUUCCUAAGAAGGAGACGUUCACUGUUAGUCGGGAAGGCACCUUCCGAUCCUGCUGUUGUUCACCUCUGCGGAUGUACAUACGUGAUAUUGAUGGUGAGAUGGAAACUUUUGUUACGUGAAGAUAUUUAAGUCAGAAAACUGUUAAAUAAUAUUACUUUUUUUCCAAA